GAGAUCGUCCAACAAAGUCACGGUGUUUAUCGAACAUAUCGUGAUUCGUGAUACAUUAUUUGUGGAGAUUUCUUAUAUUUUUAAUGAGUGAUUAUAUGGAGAAAGCUUGAAAGAGAUCAAUUAAAAUUUGCAGAGGGAAGAACUUGAAGAAUUUUGUAUCGAGAUUUAGUUACGAAAAUCUCAAAGAGACGCCAUUUUAUUCUCGAAAUAUUAACCGCGGUCGAAAAUCAUUUGUGAAUAACUUUCGUAUGAAUUUCCGCGAUUUUUAUUUGGAAUGUGUGGAUCUGCACAUUUUAUCAAUCUAAAUCUUUUAUUUCUUCCAACGAUAUGACUGUUAAAGAGACUUAAGCUUCUAUCAGUUAGAUUAUUCUCAGUGAUUAUUCUUCUGUAACAAUACACAUUUGUCAGUGCAAUCAGGACAAGAAUUUUAGAGCAUAAUCAUGGCUAUGCACACUGUUCCACCAAAGCGCAAAGAAAUCUACAAGUAUGAGGCUCCAUGGCCAUUGUACAGUAUGAAUUGGUCGGUGAGACCUGACAAAAGAUUUCGUUUGGCACUAGGAAGUUUUGUAGAAGAAUACAACAACAAAGUACAAAUUGUUUCACUGGAUGAAGAAACAUCUGAAUUUAGUGCUAAAAGUACAUUUGACCAUCCUUAUCCUACAACAAAAAUUAUGUGGAUACCAGAUAGCAAAGGUCUAUUUCCUGAUCUUCUCGCCACAUCCGGUGAUUAUCUAAGAGUGUGGCGUGCUGCAGAACCAGAAACUCGUUUGGAAUGUGUUCUAAAUAACAAUAAAAAUUCGGAUUUUUGUGCUCCACUUACGUCCUUUGAUUGGAAUGAAGUGGAUCCAAAUCUAAUAGGCACUUCUAGUAUCGACACAACUUGUACUAUUUGGGGAUUAGAGACAGGACAGGUAUUGGGUAGAGUGAACAUGGUCACGGGUCACGUGAAAACGCAACUUAUCGCGCACGACAAGGAAGUAUACGACAUCGCAUUUAGUCGUGCUGGAGGUGGUCGUGACAUGUUCGCAUCUGUCGGUGCCGAUGGAUCCGUGCGGAUGUUCGAUUUACGACACUUGGAACACUCUACGAUAAUUUACGAAGACCCGCAACACACUCCGCUAUUGCGACUAGCGUGGAACAAGCAGGAUCCUAACUAUCUCGCUACUGUAGCGAUGGAUGCGUGCGAGGUCAUCAUUCUGGACGUUCGUGUGCCGUGUACGCCAGUCGCGAGAUUGAGUAAUCACAGAGCUAGUGUUAAUGGUAUAGCUUGGGCUCCACAUUCAUCUUGUCACAUUUGCACGGCCGGUGAUGAUAACCAAGCUUUGAUUUGGGAUAUCCAGCAAAUGCCAAGAGCGAUAGAAGAUCCUAUACUUGCUUACACCGCUGCAGAAGGUGAAGUUAAUCAGAUUCAGUGGGGCGCCACGCAGCCCGAUUGGAUAGCCAUUUGUUACAAUAAAGCAGCUGAGAUUCUUCGAGUUUAAAUUAAAAAUCUACAUUUAUUUUUAAUUUUUCAAAUACGCGAGUGAUACUAAAUUAUUUUUUUUUAUCAACAUAAGAUAUACAAAUAUAUCCUACCGAGUGAAGAAUAGCUAUAUUAUAGAUAGCAACAUUUUUUUGCAUUUUAUAAUUGUGUAUAUACGUUUAUAAAAAUAUUACAUACUUGAUAACAAUAGAAUUAUUGAUUUAAAGUUUUGAGUACACAAAUUGUAUCAGUAUAUAAUUAUUUAGUAAUUAAUCACUUUAAAACGGUUUUUUAAAUUGCAUGUGGAUAUUAAAACAAUUUUAAUAGUAUAAAAAUACAAUGAUUAAUUGUUAUUACAAUAACAAUAUAUGCAACCAUGCAUAUAUAUGGUUGUAGCAUUAGUUCCCCGAAUGUGAUCAUGUUAUUGUGAUUAUCCACAAUUUUUAGUAUGUAAUGUACAGAUUUUUAUAUAGAUGUAAAUUUUUGAUAUAUGAAGAUGUAUAUUAUAUAAUAACGUCCUCGAUUUUACAUCAAGUAUUCAAUGAUUAUAUCAUUAUUGAUAUAGAUACUAAAUUAACAAGUUUAUAAGAAACCCAUUACGUAAUAAUAUUCAUUUACAAUUUCAAAUAUGUUAUACAGAGAUUACUGAAUCAUGUAUCGGAUU